AUGGCCGAGCUCCUGCACAACGCUCCCAUCGUCCUGGACAAUGGCUCGGGCACGAUCCGGGCCGGCUUCGCCGGGGACGACCUCCCCAAGUGCUACUUCCCGUCCUGGGUCGGCCGGCCCAAGCACCUGAGGGUGCUGGCUGGUGCGUUGGAGGGCGACGUCUUCAUCGGGCAGAAGGCGGCGACGGAGCUCAGAGGCCUGCUGAAGAUUCGCUACCCGCUGGAGCACGGCAUCGUGACGGACUGGGACGACAUGGAGCGGAUAUGGGAGUACGUCUACGGUGACGGGCUCAAGACGCUGAGCGAAGAGGUUCGUCGUCUCUCCACGGCGCUCGCCUUGGCCGUCGUCGUCGUCAUCGUCGUUGUCGUCGUCGUGACGCUGCUAACCAGACGGCCUACCCCUCGACAGCACCCCGUCUUGUUGACGGAGCCACCGCUGAACCCUCGGAGCAACCGCGACACGGCGGCCCAAAUCCUGUUCGAGACGUUCAACGUGCCCGCCCUCCACACGUCCAUCCAGGCGGUCCUCUCCCUGUACGCGAGCGGGCGGACGACGGGCAUCGUCCUCGACUCGGGUGACGGCGUGUCGCACGCGGUGCCCGUGUACGAGGGCUUCGCCAUGCCCAGCAGCAUCCGCCGCAUCGACGUGGCCGGCCGCGAUGUCACCGAGUACCUGCAGACGCUGCUGCGCAAGAGCGGCUACGUCUUCCACACGAGCGCCGAGAAGGAGGUGGUGCGGCUCAUCAAGGAGAGCGUAUCGUACGUCGCGCACGAUCCGAGAAGGGAGGAGCGGGACUGGGUCGGCGUCAAGGCGAGCGAGAGCAAGUUUGCCGAAUACGUCCUGCCCGACGGUCACAGGUUAAUGAUCGGUCCCGAGCGGUUCCGAGCACCCGAGAUUCUGUUUGAUCCCGAAAUCAUCGGUCUCGAGUAUCAGGGCGUGCACCAGAUCGUCGUCGACGCCAUCAGCCGGACGGACCUGGACCUGCGCAAGUCGCUCUACAGCAACAUCGUGCUGUCGGGCGGCAGCACGCUCACCAAGGGCUUCGGCGACCGGCUGCUGACGGAGCUGCAGAAGCUCGCGGUCAAGGACAUGAGGAUAAAGAUCUUUGCGCCGCCGGAGCGCAAGUACUCGACCUGGAUCGGAGGGAGCAUCCUCGCGGGGCUGAGCACGUUCCGCAAGAUGUGGGUGAGCAUCGACGACUGGCAUGAGAAUCCAGACAUCAUCCACACCAAGUUUACGUGA